AUGCUUCCCGGCGUUCGGCUGCACGCCAGGGCGUUAUCCCGGCGGGGCCGGACAGCCUGUUUUCCAGGAGAGGAAAUAUUUAACCGUGGCGUCAGCGAGCAGGGCAGGCGCGCAGGCAUGGAGGGCGGCGGGCAGCGCCCGGCCCCCGCUGCCCCCCCGGGUCGGCCCCAGGGCGAACGCCUGCAGCUCCUGCUGCGCCGCAGCCGGGAGGCCAAAAACUGCGCCUAUUGCCCCUACAGCCGCUUCCCGGUGGGCGCCGCGCUGCUCACCGCCGGCGGGGAGAUCUUCUCCGGGUGCAAUGUGGAGAACGCCUGCUACAGCUUGGGAGUGUGCGCCGAGCGCACCGCCAUCCAGAAAGCCAUCUCCGAGGGGCACACCAGUUUCAGGGCCAUGGCCAUCGCCAGUGACAUGGGGGACCACUUCAUCGUGCCCUGCGGCGCCUGCAGACAAGUGAUGAGAGAGUUUGGCACGGACUGGGACAUCUACCUGACCAAAGCCGACGGCACCUAUACCGUCAAGAGGCUGGAGGAGCUGCUGCCGCUCUCCUUCGGCCCCGAGGACCUAAAGAAGGUGUGAGCAGCGCGAGCCGCUGCCAGCCUUUGCCCUUCAGCAGCAGGGGAGGAUGGUUUUCCCCAAUUUCCCCGGCGUGUAAGUGGCUUUUUGGGGACAAUGCAAUGGGAAAUACGUUUAUAGUGUUAAGUUACCCGUUCCUCUCGCUCAUCUUCUGAUUCAGCGCUGAUUCGCAGAUGCCGGCCCUACCUCGCCCCAGGGAAAUGGCGAAAUCAAAUCGUAGAACUUCCCUGUUAUUGGAAAAAAAGCAUCCAGAUAUCGCUGUAGGCGAGGGGGGAGUUCACAGACGGAGAAGGGUUUGAUGGACGGCUCAAGCUCGCGCUUGUUGGUACAGAAACCACUCCCAAAUAAUGCAAAAUCGUUGCUUGGGAAAAUGCUGAAUUCUUCAGCCCUAAGUGAGAAGCAAAAAGGAAAGGCUCCGUCAACCCCAGCAGUUAUUAAUAAGCCAAUUCAGAUUAGGCGAUUUGCUGGAACCGGACAGUUAUCACGCUGAGUGUGUCCUUUGCUCGUUUCUCUCCGGCUUGUUUUCUUUGCUUUUAUUCCGUUUGUGGGGGAUGAAGAGGGAGAGGAAUUUUUGAGGGCUUCUGGAGGGUUUUCUGUCUCCAGAGUAAUGCCAUUUGCCGAUUGUCAUUUUAAUUUAAUUAUGCACAAUGACAAAUGAAUGCGUUCUAUUUCCCAACCAGCGCUGGGUUGGGCGUUACCGCCUAUGCCCAAGCAAAAUAAAAGCGGUCCUGGUUUAU